AUGUUGCUUUCUACUGGUGACAUAUCUAGCUCAGCUGCGUUCAAUUUGUGGGCAGACGCAAAGUCAUACCCUGACCUGUCACUCGGCCUUCCCUUCUACCCUGGUUCAUCACCAGAAACGCCGAUUCCGAUAGCCAAAACGAAGUCCACGGUCCUUGACCACCUGCUUCGGGUUCCUUCGGUAGGGCGUGAGGUAGAGACCAUCCUACGCAGGACUUUCUUCGCGCGGUACGUGGGCAGAGUGACAGUACAGGAUAUCUUGCCACUCAUUCAACGUCCACGAAACAAAAAUAAAGUUAUGCCGUUGGGGUACAGCGCAGAAGUCGACGAGAGUGUAGCAACGGCAGGCACCGCUCACGGUACUACCAGAGGUCAGCGGUCACACGGAGAUGCCUCGAGUUCAGAACAACCCAUUCACAAACAUACCGUAGAAGGGAUUAUCCAAAGCAUUGAUACGAUGGGAAACUUUGAAGAUCGUCUUGCCAACGAGUCAGGAAUUGAAGGGCGUGGAACGUGGAUUGCCGUGAAGCUCCCCAUGCUUCUCCCUCGUGCUGAGUCGCUUCGCAACUUCUCCCUGCACCUUGUUCACACGCGACCAGAAUUAUCAGAUCCCGUGCUAUUUCCCGGUACUCCAGAUUCAUCAGAUCUUGCUGUCCUAGAUAGGCAACCUUGUCGCCACUCGGGGUCUCCCUUGAUGGAGGAAGACGUUCGAGAUCUACAAGAACUGCACGCUAAUCUGGGAAGAAUCUGUUUGCCUGCGAAGGAGCGAAGAAUCAAGAUUGUGAUCGACGCGGACCUGAACGACGGCACUAAUAUGACCCCAACCCACCUUGCUCGUUUGAUUGCACUCUCACAUAAGAAGGGGUACGCUUUAGAUGUCAAGCUUGUCCGUAGUGCAUGCCAUCCACACAAAACAGUGUCACAUAUUCGCUCGUUAUACACGAUGUCCGUGUCAACUGAUCCAGAUUCCCUUGUAUACUCUUCUAAGGUGGAGACCGAUAGGUGCUACAACACGUGUGUUUCGGCCAUCGGAUCUUCAGAGUUGGUUCCUCAGGAAUUAGUCAAGAACGGAUUGGCCCGUGAAGAAGGUGGGGUGGACAAGCCGCGGACGAUCGUUAUUCCUCGAGAAGUCGUGGAAAGAUGUAGUAUGGAAGAUUCGUUGACAAAUCAUAUAGUUGCCCGUAUUAUCAGCACUAUACCCUGUGUAAUGAAGCGCACGCCACGGCGCGUUGGGUGCCUAGAAAUCUUCUACGAUGGUCUGAUGCAUCCCCAUCUUUCAAAGGUCAUGCCUUCCCUUCCCCGACGCACAAUCAAGAUCGCGUCUGUUUUGGGACUCUGGGGGAGGAAAAAGCUGGUUGGUGGCGUGGGGCUGUGA